AUGGGAUUAUGGGGCUGGGGUUGUGGAUGUUGGGAUGACAGAGAAUUUUUCAGCGUACUUCAUGGCACAUGCAGUGGCAUGUAUAUCUCUGUUUUUGAUGAUGAGGAGGAUGAGCAGCCACAGAGGCGAGGGGGAGCUAGACAAAGAGAUGAGGAGGGAUAUGAGAUAGGAGAGGGAGGUGAAGAUGAUGGAGGAGGUGGUGGAGGAGGUGGGAGAGGUUAUUUUGAUAGGGGUAGAGAAGGUAAGGGAGGUGGUCAAUUAGAUAGAGGGAGAGGAGGAGAUAGAGGAGGUAGUCUCAUUCUCAAUGCUAGUGGCGUUGGUAGGGUAGGUGGUUUGCUAGUUGUGGUGGGUGAUAUAGAGGAUGAUAGGAGACCUGCCCAGAGGAGGAGAUAUGAUGUUCUACCUCCAUUAGCACCUUAG